UUUUACAAAUUCAAUUGAAAAAUAGGUAGAGAAGAUAUUUUCAAAAGAAAAGAAUUGACAAAUAACAACUCUCACUAUGAGAAAACUACACAACAUUUUAUAGAUUAUAAUCAACUUAAUACUGUAGAUGGUGGUAUUGAUUAUUUUUUGGAUUAGUAAAUCAACAUAAAGUUUUUGAAUUGAUAUUAACAUGACAGUUGAAAAAGCUUGAAAUUGAAUUCUUCUUUAUUUCUAAUUUAAUGAUAAUUGCUCCUGAGAUUGAAAAGGCAGAAGUAUAUCUAAAAAUUCUGUGACAAUUUUAGAACGAAGUUUAAUGAAUCAUGAAGAUGUGUACAACAAUUAAUUUUUUGUAGAGGCC